AUGCUUUUCAAGGCAGCUCUCGGUCUGGUUGCCGCUGCCGCUUCCGCUGCCGCCGCCCCGGCAAUCUCAAACUCUACAAUCUCAGACUCUACAAUCUCAAACUCUACAAUCUCAAACGCGACUGAGCUCGCAGGAUACGAGUAUGUGGUUAUCGGCUCCGGCGCCGGCGGCGGUCCUCUGGCCGCACGUCUGGCCAUGGCCGGCCACAAGACUCUCCUGAUCGAGGCCGGCGACGACCAGGGCGACAACACCAACUACAAGGUGCCUGCGUACUCUGCAAAGGCCUCGGAAGACGAGUCCAUCGCUUGGAACUUCUUUGUCCACCACUACGCCGACGAGAAGCGCCAAGCGCGCGACUACAAGACGAGCUACGACACGCCCGACGGCGGUCUGUACACUGGGCUGCAACCGCCCGCCGGCUCCAAGAUGAAGGGCACGCUGUAUCCGCGUACCCAGACCUUGGGAGGGUGCACAGCGCACAAUGCGCUAGUCACAAUAUAUCCGCACCGCUCCGACUUUGACUCGAUUGCGCAGCUCACCGGCGACUCCUCCUGGAGCGCCGACAACAUGCGCAAGUACUUUGUGCGCAUGGAGAAGAAGAACUACGGCCUGCCCUUUGAAGGCGGCCACGGCCACGACGGCUGGCUCAGCACAGAGACGACAAAGAUCUCGCUGGCCCUCCAAGACCCUCAGCUGCUGAGCCUGUACACCGGCGGCGCCUUUGCCUCGGGCAAGCUCCUCCCGGCCAUCGGCGACCUGGCUAGCCUGCUUCUCGGGGACGCCAACGCCGAUUCAAAGUCGCGGGAUACAACCGACUCGUACUAUCUGGUGCCCAUCUCCACAAAGGACGGUUCCCGUGUUGGUUCACGCGAGUUUGUCGUCUCUGUGCGAGACGCCAAGGACAAGGACGGCAACAAGAGGUAUCCCCUCGACGUUCGUCUCAACUGCCAUGUCACCAAGGUCAUCAUUGACGAGAGCGGCGACAAGCCGCGCGCUACGGGUGUCGAGUUUCUCGACGGCCAGUACUUGUACAAGGCCAGCCCGCGCUACGGCACCGCUGGCAAGGGAAAGCCGGGCAAGGUCAAUGCCUCGCGCGAAGUCAUUGUCGCGGGCGGAGCCUACAACUCGCCUCAGAUUUUGAAGCUCAGCGGCAUCGGUCCCCGCGAAGAGCUCGAGUCGCUUGAUAUCCCCGUCGUCGUCGACCUGCCCGGCGUGGGCGGCAACCUGCAAGACCACUACGAGAUCAACGUGCAGGGCACGGUGCCCAAGGACUUUUCCGCGCUCAAGGGCUGCACGUUUGGACUCAACGGCGAGCACGACACGUGUCUGGACAAGUGGGAGAAUCCGACGUUUGGCGACCGCGGCACGCUCGCGACCAACGGCCUCCCGGUGGCCAUGUUCCACAAGAGCUCCGUCACGGAGAAUGGCGAGUACGACAAUUUCCUCUUUGGCGGGCCCGUCAACUUUCGCGGCUACUUUCCCCAGUACAGCAUCAACAUUACGCAGGACCACGACGUCUUCUCCUGGGCCAUCCUCAAGGCGCACCCGCGCAACAAUGCCGGCACCGUGCGCCUGCGCUCCGCCGACCCGCUCGACGUGCCCGACAUCACGUACAACUACUUUGACACGGGCAGCGGCGACUACGCCAAGGACCUGCGGUCCAUGUAUGAGGCCGUUGGCGUCGCGCGCGACGCCCUGCGCCGCCAGCCCGUCAAAGUCAGCGAGGUGCUCCCCGGCGAGGACGUGACGAGCCAGGCCGACAUUGAGCAGUACGCAAAGGACACGGCCUGGGGCCACCACGCCUCGUGUACGUGUCCCAUUGGACCGGAUGGCGACGAGACGGCUGUGCUGGACUCGAGCUUUCGCGUCCGCGGCGUGGAUGGCCUGCGCGUGGUGGAUGCCUCUGUGUAUCCUCGCAUUCCGGGCACGUUUACGGCGGUUUCGACGUACAUGGUGGGCGAGAAGGCUGCCGAUGUUAUUCUUGAGCAAAACAAGAACUGA